AUGCCCUCAACUCUAUCCUCACUUGCUGUUCUGAUCAAUCGCUCUAUCAUCACACUGGAAAAAGCAUGCUCUGAGAGCAAGUUACCAUUCCCUAGCUUCGAUGAACCUUUUACCCCAGCUUCUGAGGCCUUCAGGGCGAAUCCAGAAGCCGAGGAGGCGGCAAAGGUGAUUGCAGCAGCGGCUCACCAGCUUAUGAUGAUGGUUUUGCCACCAUCUGUCGCACUGUAUACUGCUGUCUCUGGUGAAUAUAAAUCAGCUGCACUUCGGGUCUGUCUGGAAGCCAAUGUCACAGAAAUAUUGCGUGAAGGUGGAAAAGAGGGAAUGCAUGUCAAGGAGAUUGCGGAGAGGACCAAGGUUAACCACAAAAAACUUGCUCGAUGCUUGAGAUACCUGGCCACACAUCAUGUUUACAAGGAGGUUUCUCCAGACGUCUUUACCAACAAUCGUGUAUCUUCUAUGAUGGACACUGGGAAGGCUGUAGAUGACCUCAUAGCUAGACCUGAAGAAAAACAUGAAAAUACCCCAGGUUUGGCUGCGAUUGCCAGCCAUCAUCUUGACGAGGUAUACAAGGCAGCAGGAUACCUUUGGGAGUCUAUGUCCGACCCUGCCACCGCCCACUCGUUCGAAUCAAAUGAAACGCCAUUUAAUUUAGGUUUAAAUGUCAAAACAUCAUUCUGGGAAACAAUUGCACUGCCAGAGCCGAUUUGGCAAUUCCGUCAACGCAGGUUCCAUAUCGGAAUGAAAGGAAUAGCGGGACUAGAAUCGGCAGACGCCAUUUUAAAAGCCUUUGAUUGGCGAUCUUUACCUAAAGAGUCAGUUGUGGUGGACGUUGGUGGUGGAAUUGGUGGUUCUUCUUUGGUAUUGGCAAAAAACCUCCCGGACAUCAAAAUUGUGGUACAAGAUAAACCCACUGUUCUUGCCGAGGGAGCCACUGCGCUCUGGGAAAGGGAAAUGCCGGAAGCCCUUGCAUCUGGCCGUGUCACCUUGCAAGCCCAUGACUUCUUUACUCCCCAACCUAUAAAGAAUGCAUCGGUCUUCUUUCUUAAACAAGUUAUACAUGACUGGCCCGACCCAUACGCAACCAAAAUCUUGUCCGAACUGAGGAAAGCGGCACGACCAGAUACAAGACUGAUUAUCGUGGAUAGCGCCAUACCCUUUGCUUGCCAUGAUCCAAGCGGUGACAAAGGGAAGGGUGUCAUCGGAGCCGUACCUAAAGAGGCGCCGGAGCCUCUUUUGGCAAAUUACGGAGUCGCCAAUGAGCUGACUUACGCUGCUGACGUGACGAUGCUCAUUGUUACUAACGCGCAAGAGCGGACCGUCAAGCAUCUAGGAGAAUUGUUGCAAAGUACUGGUUGGCGAAUGACGAAGAUUGUCCGUGAUCACGAAACCGGCAGCUUUAUGCAACCGGUCGAAGCGGUCCCAAUGGUCAAAAUACCAGUCGGAGAUACUGCAGAAUAA